AAAGUAAGCAGCAUUCUACCUUCCCACCGCGCUCCCUGUGUCACUGUAGAGCUAACGACCACUUCUCGCUGAAGGCAAGGAUUUUGCGUCUUACACGCCAUUAUGAAGGCAGUAGUUCAGAGAGUUACAAAAGCCAGUGUUACAGUGGGUGAAGAACAGGUCAGUUCGAUUGGCCGUGGGCUGUGUGUACUGCUGGGAAUCUCUGUAGAAGACACAGUAAAAGACGCAGAGUACAUGGUUCGGAAGAUCCUUAAUUUGCGGCUGUUUGAAGAUGAGCAUAAGAAGCCUUGGUCUAAAAGUGUUAUGGAUAAGCAGUAUGAGGUGCUUUGCAUAAGUCAGUUCACACUACAGUGUAUCCUGAAAGGGAACAAGCCUGACUACCACAUGGCCAUGCCUGCUGAGCAGUCUGAGGUGUUUUACAAUGAGUUCUUGGAGCACAUGAAGAAGAGUUACAAACCAGAACUAAUCAAAGAUGGCAAGUUUGGAGCCUAUAUGCAAGUACAUAUCCAGAAUGAUGGCCCAGUAACUAUAGAACUGGAGUCUCCAAGAACACCUUUGGAUCCAAAGCAGCUUUUGAAACUGGAAAAACAGCAGCAAAGAAAAGAGAAGACCCGAGCUAGAGGACCAUCUGAAUCUGGCAGAGAGAAAAACGCCCCUCGCAGCAAAGAUGAUCCCAGUGCCAGCAGUGGGGCAGAAGGAGAUGUGUCAUCUGAAAGGGAACCAUAAUUUACCAACUUCCAGAGCAGAUGACAUUCUCAAAAUGGCUGCACUGGAUCCUUCAGACUUCAUAGAAGACUUGGGCCAGCUGACAGUUGAACUUUGUUUCAGACAACUAUGAAGAAGAAAAAAGGGGGGAGGGUUACCAGGCUGCAGUUGUAUUAUGGGAUGAAUGGCUCCAAAGUAAUGUUCAAUGUUCUGGGGUUAAAUUACUGUCCAGCUUGUUAAAGAGCCAAUGAACAGAUUAUUUGCUCUUUUUUUCAUCUUCUCCAUGACUGUGUAUGUAUAUAUUUUUUGUCUUAGUCUUCCCUUCUUCUUGUCAUAUGACACUAGGAGACAGAAGUGCAUACACUUACGUAGUGGUGAGCUGUGUGACAUUAGCAUACUGUGUGUAGCCCUUGCUGUAUGUAGAAGCACAGAAGCUGGUGAGAGAUAAGGACCACUGUGCCUGUUUUCUCUUCAGUAUAUACUAGUAAAUGCACAACUCACACUUAUCACUAGCUUCACUUUCUAUUUCUUUUUGCCAGAGGAUUUUGUCUAGGUAUGUCUUCCCAACUUCUUUUGAAAGGCCUGUCUUGUAACCAAAGUCUGUAUGUUGCAGGAAGACUGAGCAGGAUUUUGUUAUAGCUCAUCAGUUGCCGAGUAGAGAGUACUACACAAUAAAAGAACAUUGGCAUUGCGCAGUGAUCUGUAGUAUGCACAAUUAGCUUUAGCAAGCACAGCAUAUAAAAAAUAAUUUCAUGCUGCUGAUAUAGCUGUCAAUGUGUGCUUUUUUCUAUGUAUUGCUGCUGUGUCGGAUUAUAGCAAGUGGGUUACACAGUUAUUUUACUGACAUUAGGGCAGUGUAGCAAAGGGCUAUUUAAUGUUAGUAGUUGCACUGCUAUUUACGUACAUUACCUUAUGCCUUUUAUCUUUCCGGUGUGUGUGCACCUUAAGACAUAUGUUUUCAUUGCCACUCUACAUUGGAAAAAAAUGCUGUGUGCAAAAAUGUCAGGCUUGCAUGAGCACAUACUACCUUGUUCAUAUUUACACUGUCUGUGUCACUUUCCUUUAUUGUUACUCAUGCUAGUGUACGUGUUUUUCUAAGAUUGUAAAAAAAGGGAAGAAGCAUACAUGUAAUGUGUACCAACUUGCAUCUGAACCUUUUUCUUUGUAACAAAAAAAAAAAAUCAUGUUAAAGUUGUAGUGCACAUUACAUGUCAAGGCAUUGUGAAAUAUGACUUAAAAUGCUGCAUUAUGCAUGGUGUUUUAUUUCAUUUACAACAUCAAUUAGCUGUUUGUAUAUACAGAGUUGCUCUGAGUUUCACUGUUUGCUGGGUUUCAGCAGUUUUUAUCCAAAUCAUACAGAUGGUGUAUCUGAGCAGUUGCUGUUUUAUCUAGUUUUGACAGUGUGAUUAAUUUUAAUGUGAAUGUUUUGACAGUACUGUAAUGUACAGCACUGUUUGCAUUCCAACCUGUUUCUUCAUAUCUGCUGUGUAGCAGAUGAGCUCUGUAACCACUGGAAAAUUGCACUAAAAGAGUUGAUAAGUCCA